CAAAAUUCUUUUACCCUUACAGUUGUCUUCCACCUCACUUUCUACACACUAUUCCAAUCCAAACCCUUCUCCACCGUCCAUGGCUCCUCCCACCGCCGCCGCCGCCGCGGUGGCGGCGCUACUCCUCGCCGCCAUCUCCGCCGCCCACGCAAUCGGCGUCAACUACGGCACCCUCGGCGACAACCUCCCCCCGCCGGCGCAGGUCGCACAGUUCCUCAAAACCCAAACCUCAAUCGACCGCAUUAAAAUCUUCGACGUCAAUCCCGACAUCCUCCGCGCCUUCGCCGGCACCGGAAUAUUCGUCGCCGUCACCAUCCCAAACGGCGAGAUCCCCGCCCUCACCGACGGCGGCUACGCCGGCCAAUACGUCGCCGCCAACAUCCUCCCCUUCCACCCCCAGACCAAAAUCAAUUACAUCCUCGUCGGCAACGAGAUCCUCCACUGGGGCCCACAGAACCUCGUCGACAACCUCGUCGCCGCCAUGCGGUCCGUACACCGCGCCCUCCUCGCCGCCAACGUCACCGGCGUCAAAGUCACGACGGCCCACUCGCUCGGCAUCCUCGAGUCGUCCAACCCGCCGAGUCUCGCCAGAUUCAGGUCCGGUUGGGACCGGGGCGUCCUGGGCCCGGUUCUUCAGUUCCACCGCGAAACCCGGUCGCCGUUCAUGGUCAAUCCCUACCCCUACUUCGGCUACUCGCCGGAAAAUGCCAAUUUCUCACUCUUCUUACCAAACAGAGGCGUUUACGACAAGCUCACCCGCCGGACCUACGGGAACAUGUUCGAUCUACUUAUGGACGCUGUCUACGUGUCGAUGAUGAGGCUCGGGUACAAGGAUGUCGAGAUCUCCGUCGGGGAGACAGGCUGGUCGUCGCUGGGGGAGAGCUUCGAGCAGCCGCGGUGCUCGGCGGCCAACGCGGCGGCGUACAACGGCGGUCUUGUCCGAAAGUACAAUUCCGGCCGGGGCACGCCGUUGCUGCCAAGGAGGAAAAUCGAAACCUACAUUUUCGGACUUUUCAAUGAGAAUCAGAAGUCCGGGCCCUUGUCCGAAAAGAAUUUCGGGCUUUUCAAGCCCGAUUUCUCCUCGGUUUACGAUAUCGGGCUCCUCCGGUCCGGCGCCGCUUCCCCUCGCCAGCAGCCCGUUCCGAGACCGUCGACGCCGCCAACGGCCCAAGGCAGCAGCAAGUGGUGCAUGCCGAAACCCGACGCUACCGACGAGGCACUACAGGCGAACAUAGACUAUGUUUGCAGCCGGCCGGGAAUGGACUGCGAAGCGAUCCAGCCGGGGGGGCCGUGCUACGACCCCAAUACGGUGAGGGCUCACGCCGCCUUCACCAUGAACAGAUACUACCAAAAGGAAGGCCGCAAUGACUUCGACUGCUUCUUCUCCGGCUCCGCCGUUAUAACCUCCACCGAUCCCAGUUAUGGGACGUGCAAAUAUGAAUCUUGAAGAAUUGGGGCACGAAAAGUGUACUAGUGUAUGUAAGAGAAGGACCAUUUUGGAGGGGGCCUAUUGCCUAUUGGGUCGUUUUGGGGGGGCUUUGAUCACCAUGGAUAUCUAUCUAUCUACUCUACCUAUCUCUAUCUCCCUCUACAUAUGCUGUAAUAAUUAUAGAUAGAUAGAUAGAUAUAUAUAUAUAUAUAAAUAUAUAACUAUUGAUUGGCUCCGAAUGAUGGUGAUGUUCUUACAUUAUGAUUUAAUCUUAUAGAUUAAUUUUUUUUGUUCUUAA